GAAUCUCUGUUGACUUUGGAAGCAAUACCUGGUAACAAACAUGACUGAGUUCUGGCUUAUUUCAGCUCUUGGGGAGAAAACAUGUCAACAAACGUGGGAGAAAUUGCAUGCGGCAACUACAAAGAACAAUAAUCUUGCUGUUAGUUCAAAGUUCAACAUUCCAGACUUAAAGGUUGGCACACUGGAUGUCUUGGUUGGUUUGUCAGAUGAACUGGCUAAACUGGAUGCAUUUGUAGAAGGGGUGGUUAAGAAAGUGGCCCAAUAUAUGGCUGACAUAUUGGAGGACAGUAAAGAUAAAGUUCAGGAGAACCUGCUGGCAAAUGGAGUUGAUUUGGCUACUUAUAUAACAAGAUUUCAGUGGGACAUGGCUAAAUAUCCAAUCAAGCAGUCUCUGAAAAAUAUUUCUGAAAUAAUUGCCAAGGGAGUGACUCAGAUAGACAAUGACCUGAAAUCUCGAGCAUCUGCAUAUAAUAACCUGAAAGGGAAUUUUCAGAAUUUGGAACAAAAGAAUGCAGGAAGUUUGCUAACUUGAACUCUCUCAGAAAUUGUGAAGAAGGAUGACUUUGUUCUUGAUUCAGAGUAUCUUGUCACUUUACUACCGGUAGUUGUAGUUCCCAAGUUAAACCACAACGACUGGAUGAAGCAGUAUGAAACGCACGAGAUGGUCGUUCCCAGGUCUAGCAACGUGCUCUCAGAGGACCAAGACAGUUACCUUUGUAAUGUCACCUUGUUUAGGAAGGCAGUUGAUGACUUCAGACACAAAGCCAGAGAAAACAAAUUCAUUGUUUGUGAUUUCCAGUAUAAUGAAAAGGAGAUGAAAGCAGAUAAAGAAGAAAUUAACAGGCUUUCUACUGACAAGAAGAAGCAAUUUGGACCACUUGUGCGGUGGCUGAAAGUGAAUUUCAGUCAAGUAUUUAUUGCAUGGAUUCAUGUGAAAGCAUUGAGGGUUUUUGUAGAGUCUGUUUUAAGGUAUGGCUUGCCAGUGAACUUCCAAGCAAUGCUACUUCAGCCCAAUAAGAAAACAAUGAAGAAACUAAGAGAAGUAUUAUAUGAACUGUAUAAACAUCUAGAUAGCACUGCAGCAGCUAUCAUUGAUGCGCCUAUGGACAUCCCCGGCUUAAACCUGAGCCAGCAGGAAUACUACCCCUAUGUAUAUUACAAGAUCGACUGCAACUUGCUGGAAUUCAAGUGAAAAGUGCUCCCCCCACAGCCCCGUCUUUGUGUGGGCGUCUGCUCACCGAAAUAGGCUGAAGUAUGGCAGUGUUUUUAACUCUAUCACCCUUGCUUGCUUCUGACCCCUCUUCCUAGAUGAAUUCUCCCAUGGUGGUCCAU